GAGGGGGACGGCGCCGCCAUACUGUGGUGUUAUUGUGCACAUUCUGCCUAAUCCCAUGCCAUCCGCGCCGCGCCUAGAUGUUGAACGCUAAAUACAUGACAUCAUACCACUUUAAAGACCCGAACAGUGAUUGCCAGGGACGAGAAUUGUGGGAUGGCCGGCAAUGGAGACAUCCAAUGGUGCUUCUCUCAAGUCAAAGGGACGCUCGACGAUGACGUUAGUGAAGCUGACAUCAUCUCGUGUGUGGAGUUCAACCAUGAUGGGGACCUGCUGGCCACGGGGGACAAGGGUGGCCGGGUGGUCAUAUUUCAGCGGGACCCGUCGUCAAAAAACUGCCACCCUCGCCGGGGCGAGUACAAUGUCUACAGCACCUUCCAGAGUCAUGAACCUGAAUUUGACUACCUUAAGUCUUUAGAAAUUGAAGAAAAAAUCAAUAAAAUAAGAUGGCUCAAGAGGAAAAACCCAGCACACUUCUUACUCUCUACUAAUGAUAAAACCAUUAAGCUAUGGAAAGUGUCAGAGAGAGACAAACGAGCAGAAGGCUACAACCUGCGUGAUGAGUCCGGCCAAAUCAGGGACCCCACUUCACUUACUGCUUUACGGGUACCUGUAUUAAAACCAAUGGAAUUGAUGGUUGAAGCUUCCCCUAGGAGAAUUUUUGCCAAUGCACACACGUAUCACAUCAACUCUAUCUCAAUCAACUCAGACCAGGAGACUUACCUGUCUGCGGAUGACCUUCGCAUCAACUUGUGGCACAUGGAGGUCACUGAUCAGUCCUUUAACAUAGUAGACAUCAAGCCCACCAACAUGGAGGAGCUCACAGAGGUUAUCACUGCAGCGGAGUUUCACCCUCACGACUGUAAUGUAUUUGUCUACUCCAGCAGUAAAGGAACCAUAAGGCUCUGUGACAUGCGACAAGCAGCCCUCUGUGAUAGUCAUUCUAAGUUGUUUGAAGAGCCAGAAGACCCAACCAAUCGAAGUUUCUUCAGUGAGAUCAUCUCCUCCAUUAGUGAUGUCAAGUUUUCCAACAGUGGUCGCUACAUGAUAUCAAGAGACUAUCUCUCAGUAAAAGUGUGGGACUUGCACAUGGAAACCAAACCAAUUGAGACCUAUCCUGUGCACGAAUACCUACGCCCCAAACUGUGCUCACUGUAUGAGAAUGAUUGUAUUUUUGACAAGUUUGAAUGUUGUUGGAGUGGCAAUGACUCCGCAAUCAUGACUGGCUCAUAUAACAACUUCUUCCGAAUGUUUGAUAGAACUUCAAAACGGGAUGUUACAUUAGAAGCCUCUAGGGAAACUGCCAAGCCCAGAUAUUUACUUAAACCCAGAAAGGUGUGCACAGCGGGCAAGAGAAAGAAAGAUGAAAUCAGUGUAGAUUGCCUUGAUUUCAAUAAGAAAAUUCUUCACACAGCCUGGCACCCACAUGAAAAUAUAAUAGCCGUUGCUGCCACUAACAACCUUUACAUAUUCCAAGAUAAAUUUUAGCAGUCCUCUUCUGAUGACUAGAGCUUAGGCCCUGCCAUAGAUGGAUGUUUGGGCAGUGAUGCCAGGUGUGUGGAGGAAGGCUCUUAGUGGCCCUUGUUCCUCCCGUAUGACCUCACCCAAGUGUUGACAUCCGCUGCUGGAAGCCUUUAACUCAUGCUGGCUGCACUUGGCAUCUGUAUAUCAAGUUGUGGCUCCUGUCUUGGGUUGCUUCCAAAACAAUGGUGGUCCCAAGUGUGUGAACCAGUGGCAACCGUAAAGUCCUGGACAGUAGUGCUGGAAUCCCCAAAUGAAAUGUCCAAUGGCCAAGGCUUGGAUUACAUGUGAUUCUUGAAAAUCCAUGUGGGUGUCCCACCCUUGUGAUCAUUUAUCUGUGUUUCACCCUCUGAUCAUCUGUUGAGAAGUGUUAACAUUAGUUGCCUUCUCAAGGCUAAUAAAAAGAAAAUAUGAGUUAUGGCUGACUAGGUGAAUCCAGUUAUGAAUGAUUAGGAGUUUGCCAUGUUAUUAUCAAUAGAUUAGUGGCUUGAAAUAAAAAAAAAAUAUUGACUGCAGAGCCCAAAUUACUUUCUCUGAUGCCUGGCUUUCAGACAAAUCAUUGUGUCUUUUGCCAAAUUGAGCUGUGACAGGUGACUUGAAUUACAUAAGGGAAUAAGGUAUAUGACAUAGCUACUCCUGGGAUAGAACGGUUGAUUUUAUACAUGUGGGAAGAACAUGGUUGUAAAUCCUAUCCUAACAUGUCCAGAGGGUUUAGUGUUGUCAUACCCUGUGUGCCCAUCUACUGAGUAGUAUAUCUCACAGGAUUAAGUUAAUGUGCUCAUAGCUUCUACAAAUCCACUCCCAGCUGUCAGAAAAUGCAGCAGCAUUACAGUUUUUUAAGCUUAGAUGGUGCAUUUUUUGUUCAGACCUUAUUUUCUUAACUCGGUUAAAGGUGAGAAAUACUACAGCUGGAUGUUCUCCACAAUGGGCUCCUCUCCAUGAAGGGAAGUGCUGGCACUCUUGCACACACUUCUCACCCCUGCUUUCUCUCAUCAUUUUAAGAUGCUGCAAAAUUUGUCAAAAGAUUAUUAUUUCUAGUAUUUACUGUCAACUGCUGUAUACUUUUCCAAUUAGUUCCAUGGAAUAAAUUAUAUUUCAGUAGGCAAGAUGUGUUUUUAUGCAAUUCAGUACUCAGUCCAUUGGAAUCAAAAUAUUUUCAUGGUUUUGGGGUAAUAAUUUUGUAUUCUUAUCUGUACAUUAAUAUUUAAUUAGUAUGUGGUCAUGCAGUAUUUUAAUGAGCUGUUGAGUAAUAACUGACUCAACAUUUUUUACUGGUAAUUUUUUUGUGUAAAAUGCAAUAUAUACAUGAUGAAAUAGACAAAUUGGAAGUGUUGGACCGUAACUCAACCUUGGUUUAUGUAAUGUGCUCUCUUGACAUGUCUGAACAAACCCAAUGUAACGAAGAGACAAAGUACUAAAGGUGUGGCACUUUUAUCAUCGUGUGCAUUGCUGUGACUUUGGGACCCCAUCAGUAGCAAACUAUUAAAAAUCUUUAUAUAAUGCUUUCCUCCAUGAAACCUGACACAUACAUCAUUUCAUAAUUGAAAAUAUAGGUUAAUUUAUCGUUUGAAAUUCUGUAUAGGAUGUUAUGCUGGUGGGCAGAAAUGUACUUUUAUUUAUUUUGUUAAAAAUAAAACAGGUAGAACAGA